GCAUCCCCACAAACGCCGCGGACUAACUGCUGUGUCACGGAGAAGCAAAGCUUUCUCUGAAAUCCGUGGGAAACUGUCAAAGAACGUCGCGGAGCUGCAACCUCGGGCUGCUCGGGUCCCUCCCGGGGCGGCCACCCCUCCGAGUCCCCGGAGCUCCAGCCAUGUGCCGGCGCCCGGCGUCCGACGGGGAGUCCCCUGCCCCGCGCCACGGUCCGGGGCCGCCGCUCACCAUUUCCAGCUUUAGGGACAGGCCUUGGAGAUUUUGAAUCACCUUUACAUGGAGCCCAAAGACGAUGAUGAUGAUGAUGUUUCUUUUGCCAAAUGGAUGAGCAGCUUCUGGGGUCACAACUGGGUAGAAGAGAGUGAGAGGGGACUUCGGGACCACCGUCGCAGAUCACAAGACGCCGGUUACAGGAAAACCUCCCUGCCCUGUCCAUUUUCUGAGCUUCCCAGAAUCACAUCAUCUGACAGUCAUUCUAGGAGGCAUUCUCAUGAAGAUCAGGGAUUUGGAUGCCACACCCAUGUGGGGGAUUUUAGAAAAUGCUCAAAGGAUGAGUCAUUCAAGGAGCCACUGGAUUCAAAAGGAAGAUCCCAUUCCAAAAUUCAGGCAUUUCCGGAGUCCUCUGACCAUCCAGUGUGUUUUAAGACCAAGCGCUCUGUCUCUUUGGGGCAUGAGAGCAGAAAGGAAAGAAAGGAAAGAGAAGGGCUGAUGGUGGAGACAAGGUCCCGCAAGAAAGUGGAAGAAAGGAGUUCUAGGAAGGAAGAAGCCAGAGGAGCCUCUAAACCCCGCUAGUUUGAAAGAGGUCCUAAGUAGUACUGGGUUUCCACCUCACAACUGCUGGAGCAGCUGUGAUUUUUGAGCCCGGGUACACCCUGCCCCCUGCCAGUAGGGGGCAGCGGUGGUCAAGCAGUGUCUGCAGAUGCUGCAGACGGGAGCAUCUGAACUGGAUGGUUGCUUCUGCUGCUUCCCAAAAUAGUGUCUAACAUCCUCCAACUGCUUCUAGCAUAUUAGCUGAGAGCAUGAUCUGCUUCGUUGCCCUUUUAUGGGAAGAAUAAGAAUCAAGGUUAUUUUAAUAAAAUAAAAUCAUUCUGGAAACUGUGAAGAGAGAUAUUUAAAGAGCCACCCACACACCUUCACCCACCCUUCCACGUCAACCCCACAAAUAAUCUUAAAUAAAAAUCUUUGCUGUGACUCUAACCUUGUUCUUCAAUUAGAAAUAAUUGUGAAGGUAUGUCUAAUGGCCAUCAUUUAAUGAGAACUGAUCAUUAAAAUGUCAACUAUGAUGCCGAGUGCUUUAAUG